AUGAUUACAAUACCCUUUGUUGUUGCGGUGGUGGCAGCUUUUAGCCAUGGUGCGCUUGCAGCUUUCGGGCUCACUUCUAGUAGCAGCUCGUACACCGUCGACACAGGAGGCGAUCUUGUCUACGUAGUUUCCAAGUCUACUGGGGAUAUCACCAGCUUGAAGUACAAGGGAGUCGAGUAUCAAGGCACCGCUAAGAAUACCGCGAUCAACUCCGGACUGGGCUCCUCUACCGUGACUGGAGAGACCAUCAACGGGUACAUCAAAAUCACAGUUGCGUCUAGCGGUAAUCCCGUCACACAGUACUUCGUCGCGAAAAAUGGUGAUCCAACAAUCUACAUGGGAACCUAUAUCACCGGAGAGGUUGACCCGGGCGAGCUUCGCUGGCUUGCCCGUCUGCGGACAAAUCUGUUGCCAACUGGCGUCCACGGUAACGUUGGUGACACGCGAGGCUGCACGGCUUUCGAGGGAAAGGACACCUUCAAGUGCUCCAGCGGCGAGACCCGCUGCAAGAUGUACACUUCCGACAGGUUUAUCGACGAUCAAGUCCACUGCGUCACCGGAAGUAACGUCGCUCUUUGCAUGAUCAUGCCUGGUGUGGCUUACGAGACGUCAUCGGGCGGCCCGUUCAUGAGAGAUAUCAACGGCCAGACAUCUGAUGACGAACAAGAGCUCUAUUGGUAUAUGAACAGCGGACAUGUUCGUACCGAAGCCUGGCGAUUCGGUCUCAUGGGCCCUUAUGCAAUGACAUUUACCAACGGCGGCACGCCUUCUGCAAACUUGGACACUUCAUUCUUUGAAAGCUUGAAUAUCAAGGGCUACGUCCCCUCCAGCCAACGUGGUUCCGUUUCAGGUACUGCCUCUGGUGUGCCGUCGAACUUCAAAAGUGUUGUCCACUGGUAUAAUAGUCAGGCCCAGUACUGGACCUACGCCGACUCAACCACCGGUGCAUAUAAAUCUCCUUCGAUGAAGCCCGGAGCUUAUACCAUGAAGCUCUACAAGGGUGAGUAUGAGGUCUCCUCAGACUCAGUCACAGUCACUGCUGGUGGAGCCGCGACGAAGAACAUUGCCUCCAAAGAGGCCCAACGCACACCAAUCUUCCGUAUCGGCGAGUUUGAUGGCGAACCUUUCGAGCUGAAGAACGGCGACAAGAUUACUCGCAUGCACCCCUCUGACACGCGGAUGUCGUCGUGGAGUGGAACGUACACUGUUGGAUCCUCAUCUGCCAAUGCGUUCCCCAUGGCUAUCUGGUCAAAGCAAGGCAGCCCUGCUACUAUAAACUUUGACUUGGCGUCAUCCCAGGUUAAGGAGCUGACAUUGCACAUCGGGACAACGUUGUCGUUCAAGGGUGGGCGCCCCAUUCCCAAGAUUGGCAGCUGGACUGGAAGUGAUCCAGGUGCACCGAAACUCAUUGACUCUCGUGGAGUCACCCGUGGAGCUUAUCACGGCUAUAACGAGCAGUACACUUGGAGUGUUCCCGCCAGUGCUCUGAAGGCAGGAGCAAAUACGUUGACUAUCAGUGUUGGCGGCUCUGGAGAUGCAACUUGGUUGAGUGCCAACUUCAUCUUUGACGCUGUAGAGCUUUACUGA